AUAAAGUAGAUACAGAUGGUUUACUGUUUAGCUGUUCAGUUCAGUUUAGACUUUCAACAUGGCAACACUUCGUUUCCUUCUGGAUUUCUCCUCUCUCUAGUAGAUGCCGGGGUUCAUAGGGAACGAAGACAAGUAACCCUGGAUGAGAGCCUGCAUGAUCCCUGCCAAGUACCCUGUACAAGAGCUCUAUUUCCUGUACGCGGCAUUCAAGGAGGAAACACCGCGCUUUUCCCAAAUAAAUGCGAGUUCAUGAAUGCUCAAUGCAGAUCAAACAGGGCCAGGUCUGCUCCAUUGUUACUGGCGGAAGAUCAAACAAAUAUAGUUUGGCCAUCAACAAUUGGAAACAUAGGAUCUGGACUCUAAUUCAGAGAAGACGAUAUUAAGAAACAAUCAAGAAGACAUAUAGAAACAAUCAAGACGACAUAUAGAAACAAUCAAGACGACAUUUAGGGAAAAUCAGUCAGAGAAAAUCGUUGUACAAAAAUGUACAGUUCUGUCUAAAAAUUGUUAAAUUUCAGAUUUAAACGACAACAAUUUAAUGAAGAAUUUUCUGUAAUGCAGAGGAAAGUUUUUCCAACUUCUUCACAUUUCACCAAUUGUAAAUAACAAACCAAAUAUUCGUGUGUAAAUAUGUAAACAAAUUGUCAUUUUAAUUUAAUCACUAGAAAUAUAAUUUUGAUAAAACAA